AUGGAGGACGGAGUCAACUCGGGAGCGGUGGCGGCGGUGGGCGGCGCUGGUGGGGCAUUUGAUGCCCGGCUCAUUCCGGAGUUCGACGGCGCCGGAGACGUGGUACAGUGGCACACGCGCGCCCAGAUGCUGUGCGAGCUCCGAGGCGCGUCUCUGGCAGCCGUCCUGCCCCUGCGACUGACCGGCGGCGCCUUCGCCGUAUGGUCGCAGAUGCCGGUCGCCGACCGUGGCUCCGCUGACGCCGUCCGGGAUGCGCUGUUCACAGCGUUUGCGCCAGACCCGUUCACGGCGUAUGAGGCUUUCGUCAGCCGCCGCUUGCAGCACGGAGAGUCGGCCGACGUCUUCCUGGCCGACCUCCGGAGGCUCGCGGCCCUGUUCGGUGGCGUGCCGGACCGCAUGCUCGUGUGCGCGUUCGUGGCGGGUCUGCCUGAGACGACCCGGCAGGUGAUACGGGCUGGCACUCGCGCCGAGUCGCUGGAGCUCGCCAGUGUUCUGGCGCGCGCGCGCGCUGUGCUGAGCGAUGAGCGUGAGGCGGUGAACGGAGUCAGCUGCUUGGCGCUGGUGGACACCGGCUGCACGCGCAGCAUCGUCCACGUGACGCGCUGCCCGCUGUGGACAGAACGCCGGAUCAACGUGAUCACGGAGUACGACGCGGAGCUGGAGUCGUGGCUCCGGAACGGCUGGCUCCAGCCGUACGACGAGGCGGUUCAUGGACCACCCCGAGGACUCGUGCCGCUGAUGGCGGUGCCGCAGGCCAACAAGGUACGGCCGGUGCUCGACAUGCGCGAACUGAACGCUCAUGUUGCAGCGUACAGCGCGGACGCCGAUGUCUGUGCCGAACACCUGCGCAAGUGGCGCCGUCACGGCCGCCGUGUGGCUGUGGUCGACCUGCGCCGCGCCUACCUGCAGCUGAGGCUGGAUCGGCGGCUGUGGCCUUAUCAGACUGUGAUGCUGCACGGACGGCGCCACUGCUUGACAAGGCUCGGAUUUGGCUUGAAUGUUGCGCCGCUGCUGAUGAAAGCCGUGGUCCGUGCCGUCCUGUCACAGGACUCGGCCGUCGAGCGGGCCGUCUCCCCGUACGUCGACGACCUGUUGGUGGACGAGGAGGUGGUGAGUGCCGAGCGGGUGGUGGAACACUUUCGCCGGUUCGGACUCGAGUGUAAGCCGCCUGCUCGGGCCGAAGACGGAGCUCGCAUGCUCGGCCUCCGCGUACAGCCCGUCGCUGGAGAGCUGCAGUGGUCACGUGACUGUGCCGUCGUCCCGCCGCCAGAGGUCGUGACUCGCCGUGCGGUGUUCGCCUGGUGCGGCCGGCUGGUGGCUCACUUCCCGGUCUGCGGUUGGCUGCGGCCAGCCGCCGCCUGGGUCAAGCGGCACGUCAACCAGCUCACCGAAGGCUGGGACGACGCCACCGACGAUGGCACCCUGAGCGCUCAGAUCGCCUACAUCCAAGAACGGCUGGCGGGAGCGGACCCGGCUCGCGGCCAGUGGUGCUGGACUGGCGACCGUGCUGUCGUCUGGGCCGACGCGAGCUCGAUCGCGUUCGGCGUCGUCAUCGAGACGCCGGACGGUGGGGUGAUGGAAGACGCCUCCUGGUUGCGGCCGAGCGGAUCGUCAGCACACAUCAAUAUGGCUGAGCUCGACGCCGCCGUCCGCGGCCUGAACCUGGCCAUCGCCUGGGGCGCGACGGAGAUAGAGCUCCGCACGGACUCGGCCACGGUGCACCGGUGGCUCAGUGACGCGCUGAGUGGGCGCACGCGCUUGCGAACUCGUGCGGCGGGCGAGAUGCUGAUCCGUCGGCGAGUCAGUCUCAUCCGGGAGCUGACGGAGGAGCUGCAGCUGGAGCUCACUGUGACCCUCGUCCGCUCGGCUGAGAAUCUCGCCGACGCGUUGACUCGAGUGCCAAAGGACUGGGUGCGCGAGCAGAGUGCGGCUGACGGCGUGCCGGCCGAGGCCGCUGCUGUUGGGGCCGAGGACGACGCGGCAGGUGCGGGCGCCGAGGGCGAGCUCGCCGCCUCCGUCCGAGCGGUGCACGAGCGGGCAGGCCAUCCCGGCAUUCGCCGAACGCUAUACUUUGCUCGGCGCGACGUGUCGUGUGAUGUGCCGAGGGCGACUGUGCGAGCGGUGGUGCGCGGCUGUGACAUUUGCCGCUCGAUCGACCCGGCGCCGGUGCGGUGGCGGCACGGCUCUCUCGGUGUCAAGGAGACGUGGCAGCGUGUGGCGAUGGACGUCACGCACUACCAGGGUCGGGCCUACCUGUCCGUGAUCGACUGCGGCCCGUCGCGGUUUUGUGUGUGGCGGCAGCUGCGGCGGGCGGAUGCGGUGGAGGUUUGCGGCCACCUGGAGCAGAUGUUCCACGAGCGCGGCGCGCCGACUGAAAUCCUCGCAGAUAAUGACACAGUGUUUCGCGGGCGUCAGGUCGCGGCUCUCACGGCUCGGUGGGGCGUCAGCCUAAGAUUCCGAGCCGUGCACCAGCCGGGCGGUAAUGGGGUGGUGGAACGGUGCCACCGCUCCAUCAAAGUGAUCGCGGCGAGGCGGACGUGCUCGGUCGCGGAGGCCGUCCACAUUUAUAACGUGACGCCCCGCGACGGUGAAACUACGGGCUCGGCGCCGGCCGCGGGCGUCUACCGAUACGCCAUGAGGGACUGCAUCCGCCCGGCAGCGGCCGGUGAGAGUGCUGACCAGGAGCCGCCAGCUGUGUCCGACGGCGAGCAGCUGCGGGUCGGCGACCAGGUGUGGAUGCGGCGCCGGGGAACCCGCUGCACGGACACGUCCCGCCGCGGUGUCGUCACCAGCGGUGUGUCGCGGCAGGUGGUUGAGGUGGACGGCGUGCCGUGGCACGUGCGUGACCUGCGGCCGCGGCACGAGAGCCCGUGCCGCGACGAUGGCGACGAUGCGCAGUCAGAUGGCGAGGCGCCGCCGAUCAUUGUCGACCUCCCGAGUGGCGGCGAUGAGCGCCCAGCUGAUGUGGCUGCCGACGGCCCUCCGCUCCGCCGCAGCGAGCGCGAGCGGAGACCGCCACGACACUGGUGCGAGUGUUAG